UGAGUUUAACCAGUAAUGCCAUUCAGUUGCCAAUAUCAAGGAAAGCAAACAUAAGCCAGUUUUGAUCUGCUUUUUAAGAAGAGUGUAGUGCUUUUCACCGUGCCUGACGGAGCUGCAUCAGAAGGUGAGAUCUCUACUCACAGAAUCCAGAGGACUCAUCAUGAAGUUAUAUGUGUUUCUGGUCAACACCGGAACUACUCUAACAUUUGACACCGAACUUACAGUGCAGACUGUGGCAGACCUGAAACAUGCCAUUCAAAGCAAAUACAAGAUUGCUAUUCAGCACCAGGUGCUGGUGGUCAAUGGAGGAGAGUGCAUGGCCGCAGACCGACGAGUGUGCACCUACAGUGCCGGGACGGACACAAAUCCAAUUUUUCUUUUUAACAAAGAAAUGAUCUUAUGUGAUCGUGCUCCUGCUAUUCCUAAAACUACGUUUUCAACAGAAAAUGAUAUGGAAAUAAAAGUUGAAGAAUCUCUGAUGAUGCCUGCAGUUUUUCAUACUGUUGCUUCAAGAACACAACUCGCUGUGGAAAUGUAUGAAGUUGCCAAGAAGCUCUGCUCUUUUUGUGAAGGCCUUGUCCAUGACGAGCACCUUCAGCACCAAGGCUGGGCCGCAAUCAUGGCCAAUCUGGAGGACUGCUCAAAUUCAUACCAAAAGCUACUUUUCAAGUUUGAAAGUAUUUAUUCAAAUUAUCUGCAGUCCAUAGAAGACAUCAAGUUAAAACUUACUCAUUUAGGAACUGCGGUUUCGGUAAUGGCCAAGAUUCCGUUGUUGGAGUGCCUGACCAGACAUAGUUACAGGGAAUGUUUGGGAAGACUAGACUCUUUAAAUGAACACGAAGGCUCCGAAAAGGCUGAGAUGACACGAUCCGCUGAACUGGUGCUUUCUCCUGACAUGCCGAGAGCAACUGCUACAUCCUUGUUACCCUCAUUUCACAAAUCAGUGGAACAUGUAGCCCCAGAUGGCACAGAUGCUGAGAGUGGCAAAGAAAUUAGAGAGUCUUGUCCAAGUACUGUACCACAGGAUGAAACUCCGGUAGAUGCUAAAGACAGCGACCUGCCUUUUUUUAACGUUUCUUUGUUAGACUGGAUCAAUGUUCAGGAUAGACCUAAUGAUGUGGAAUCUCUGGUCAGAAAAUGCUUUGAUUCCAUGAGCAGGCUGGAUCCAAAGAUUAUCAGACCGUUUAUAGUAGAAUGCCAUCAAACUAUUGCCAAGCUUGAUAAUCAGAACAUGAAAGCCAUCAAAGGUCUCGAGGACCGGCUCUACGCGCUGGACCAGAUGAUCGCCAGCUGCGGCCGGCUGGUGAAUGAGCAGAAAGAACUGGCGCAGGGGUUCUUGGCUAAUCAGAUGAGAGCGGAAAACCUGAAGGAUGCGUCCGUACUGCCUGACCUGUGCCUGAGUCACGCGAACCAGUUGAUGAUCAUGUUGCAGAAUCACAGGAAGCUGCUGGACAUUAAGCAGAAGUGCACCACUGCCAAGCAGGAGCUAGCGAACAACCUGCACGUCAGGCUGAAGUGGUGUUGCUUUGUGAUGCUUCACGCAGAUCAGGACGGAGAAAAGUUGCAGGCUCUGCUGCGCCUCGUGACGGAGCUGUUGGAGAGAGUCAGGAUUGUGGAAGCGCUCAGCACCGUUCCCCAGAUGUAUUGCCUGGCUGUUGUGGAAGUCGUAAGGAGAAGAAUGUUCAUUAAACACUACAGGGAGUGGGCUGGUGCUUUAGUCAAAGAUGGAAAGAGACUGUAUGAAGCUGAAAAGUCCAAGAGGGAGUCCUUCGGGAAAGUGUUUAGGAAGUCUUUCUUAAGAAACCGUCUGUUCCGGGGACUGGACUCCUGGCCGCCCUCCUUUUGUACUCAGAAGCCUCGAAAGUUUGACUGUGAACUUCCAGAUAUUUCAUUGAAAGAUUUACAGUUUCUGCAAUCAUUUUGUCCGUCUGAAGUUCAACCAUUCCUCAGGGUUCCCCUACUUUGUGACUUUGAACCUCUACACCAGCAUGUACUUGCCCUACAUAAUUUGGUAAAAGCAGCACAAAGUUUGGAUGAAAUGUCACAGACCAUUACAGAUCUUUUGAAUGAACAAAAGGCAUCCGUGAGUCACGCGUCCCCGCAGUCAGCCUCUUCCCCGCGGACAGAAAGUGCAGCAGGAAUUACAACAACUACCUCACCAAGAACUCCCCCUCCACUCGCUGUCCAGGAUCCCUUGUGUCCUGCAGUGUGUCCCUUAGAAGAAUUAUCUCCAGAUAGCAUCGAUGCACAUACGUUUGAUUUUGAAACCAUACCCCAUCCCAACGUUGAACAGACUAUUCACCAAGUUUCUUUAGACUUAGAUUCAUUAGCGGAAAGUCCUGAGUCAGACUUUAUGUCUGCUGUGAAUGAAUUUGUGAUAGAAGAGAAUUUAUCUUCGCCUAACGCUAUAAGUGAUCCCCAGAGUCCAGAAAUGAUGGUGGAAUCACUGUACUCAUCAGUCAUCAACGCGAUAGAUAGCAGACGCAUGCAGGGCACAAGUACAGGCGGGAAGGACGAUUUGGGAGAUCAUGCUUCUCUGAAUUUCCAGUUGGAGAAAUGUAGAGUUGUCGCCCAAGAUUCUCAUUUUAGUAUACAAACCAUUAAGAAUGAUCUUUGCCACUUCAAAACAUUUGUACAAAAAGAACAGUGUGACUUCUCAAAUUCUUUAAAAUGUACAGCAGUAGAAAUAAGGAACAUCAUUGAAAAAGUAAAAUGUUCCCUGGAAAUAACACUAAAAGAAAAGCAUCAAAAAGAACUGCAUUCUUUAAAAAGUGAAUACGAAGGUAAAAUCAAUGCAUUAAUAAAGGAGAGUGAAGAAAAUGAAAGCAAAAUUAAAAAAUUGAAAGGAGACUUGGAGUACCUUGAGGAGGUUUUACAAAAUAAAGAUAAUGAAUUUGCUUUGGUUAAACAUGAAAAAGAAGCUGUUAUGUGCCUGCAGAAUGAAAAGGACCAGAAGUUGCUGGAGAUGGAAGGUAUCAUGCACACUCAGACUUGCACAAUUAAUGAGCUGAAGCGGUCGCGAGAGGCCGUGUUGGAAGACCUGAAGAAGCUUCAUGCUGAAAGUGAUGAGAAGAUGGAGGCACUGAGGGCAGAGCUUCAGGGCCUGGAGCAGAGCCACCUGAAGGAUUUGGAGGACACGCUGCACGGCAGGCACACACAGGAGUUUGAGAAAGCUAUCCGCGACCACAAGAUUUCUUUGGAGAAAUUAAAACAGGAAAAUCAACAGAGAAUUGAUCAGUUGCAAGAGUCUCACACCGCCGCUAUCCAUGAAAAAGAACAGCAGCUGCAAGAGUUAAAGCUUAAGGUUUCUGAUUUGUCAGACAUGAGGUGUAAGUUAGAGGUUGAACUUGCAUUGAAGGAAGCAGAAACUGAUGAAAUAAAAAUGUUGCUGGAAGAAAGCAGAAUGCAGCAGAAAGAAACACUGAAAUCUCUUCUUGACAAAGAAACAGAAAACUUGCGAGCCGAGAUAAGUCAGCUAAACCAAAAGAUUCGCGAUAAUAGCAACAAUUACCAGGUGGGCUUAGCAGAGCUAAGAACUUUAAUGACAAUUGAAAAAGAUCAGUGCAUUUCAGAGUUAAUUAGUAGACAUGAAGAAGAAUCUAAUGUACUUAAAGCUGAAUUAGACAAAGUAACAUCUUUGCACCAACAAGCGUUUGAAAUAGAAAAAAGCCUAAAAGAACAAGUGGUUGAACUGCAGAAUAAAUUGGAUUCAGGGUUAUGUGCUCUUGAGAAACAGAAAGAUGAAAAAAUCACUGAGCAAGAAGAAAAAUAUGAAGCAGUUAUACAGAACCUUGAGAGAGACAAGGAGAAAUUGGUUAUAGGCCAUGAACAAGAGAGAGAACAGUUAAUUCAGAAGCUCAGUUGCGAAAAACAUGAAGCUAUUCAGAUUGCCCUGAAAGAAUUUAAAUUGGAGAGAGAAGUUGUUGAGAAAGAGUUAUUAGAAAAAAUUAAACAUCUUGAAAAUCAAAUAGCAAAAAGUCCUGUCAUUGAAUCUACUAGAGAAGAUUCUUCAAGCUUAGUUGCUGAACUUCAAGAAAAGCUUCAGGAAGAAAAAGCUAAGUUUCUGGAACAACUUGAAGAGCAAGAGAAGAGGAAGAACGAGGAAGUGCAGAGUGUGCGGACAUCUCUGAUCGCCGAGCAGCAGACCAACUUUAAUACUGUUUUAACCAGAGAGAAAAUGAGAAAAGAAAACAUAAUAAAUGAUCUCAGUGAUAAGUUGAAAAGCACAAUGCAACAACAAGAACGGGAUAAAGAUUUAAUAGAGUCACUGUCUGAAGAUAGAGCUCGUUUGCUGGAGGAAAAGAAAAAGCUGGAAGAAGAAGUCAGCAAGCUGCGUGGCGGCACUUUGGCUCCUGUCCCCUACGGAACUGCAGCCCCAGAGCUCUAUGGAGCCUGUGCCCCGGAGUCCCCAGGCGAAGCCGACCGGUCUGCCUUGGAGACGACAGAGGAAGGCCGGGUGGACUCGGCCUUGGAGACGAGCACGAUGUCCGUCCAGGAAAACGUCCAUAUGCUUUCUGAAGAAAAACAAAGAAUAAUGCUCUUAGAAAGAACAUUGCAGUUGAAAGAAGAAGAGAACAAGCGGUUAAAUCAAAGACUGUCCUUAGUGAGACGCUGCAUUGUGUAAGCUAGUGUUUGGAAGCAAGUGGAGCAGAUGCAGAGCCUGAACAUUAGAUUCAAUAAAAAUAAACACUUGUCUCUCUGUCCUUGGUCUGUGUCUGCGCGUUGGGCCCCCUUUACUAGUGAGCGAUAAGCACUCUUGUGGCCGCCCCCGAGGACUCCAGAAUGGUACAGUGGCGUGGCACAGUGCAGGUGCCACAGUCUGAGCAGGGCAGCAGUCCCACCGUGCUGUGGCGACUGCGAAUCAGAAAGUGGGUUCCCAGUGGAGCUGUCCUCACUCUUGGCGGAAGGGUAACCUCGUGUAAGCAUUGUGGAAAGCGGUGUGGACAUUCCCCAGGAAACUCAAAGGAGAAAUCCCACCCAGCUUAGCUAUUCCCCUCCUAGGUGUCCACCCAAGAGCUAAAGGCACACCACACUGGAAUACACAGGUGCCCCACCGUGUGGGAUUCAGUGCCUCCUUAGAUAGUAGGGGCUCAGAAACAUGUUCAGGAGCUGCCUCAAAGAAGAGAAGGGGGAGGUCCCGCCCCGAGCUUCUGCCCCAGCUUGUAUCCGCCGGCCCAGCGCUGUUGGGAGGCCUGUGAAGGUGGUGCUGCUUGGUGCUGGUGUUUGUCUACACAAAUUUAAAAACCAGGGUUCCAGAACUUUCAGAUUCUGACUCUGAAGAUUUGGGGCUCUUACUGUAUGAUAUAAAAUACAAUGUUGCUAAAAUCAGAGUUUACUUCACCAGAUUUGAUAAAAUAAGUAACACAAAAAAUACAGGUAACAAUACAAUGAAGUUAACUGAAAAGAAAUGAAUUGUAUGCUGCAUUAGUGUGCUGCAUUAGUUUGGACUCUUCAAAUGGGACACAGCAGACGUGAGUGGAACGCUCUUGCAGUGAGUACAUUUAAAGGUCUAAAUGUGUAGGGU